CAUUGUUGCUUAGUUUUUCUUCUUUGUCAUUUUGCAAGCAUCCAUGACCCGAAGUCUCCAAGAAAUCUCCGAAAGAACCUUUCGGAUCGGCCUAGUGUAGUUACUUUCCUUUGUUUUUUUUUUCAACGAGGGUUUCUCCAUGCUUAAUUGUGACCGAGCAUUUGUAUUCAAAAUGUCUGUAGUGCCCACAUUCAAAUCACAUAGUGCGUAAUCCCUCAUAUUUAACUAUUCUUACUCUUCUUUUGAUUAUGUACUUGGAUGUGAGUCUUUCCAUAGAUCAAUUUCCACACAUAUGCCCGCAUAAUUCUACCUAAAACCGUUUGUUGUAUUGUAGCCAAUUUUUUCACUCGUCCUAGUUUGUAACCAAUAUCUAGGAGAAAAUCUUUAUCAAAAUAUGCAAGGGGAAGGCGGGGGAGACUUAACCAGACUAUAGGUCUAUUUAUUGAAUUGAAAAAGGGUAAAAAUUCAGCCUCCAUGGCUCCGGUGCAACAUAGUGGUCUUCAAUUGUCUAAGACCCUCCAUAGAGAGAGCUCUAUCGUGAUCCAAUUGUGAAUAAAAAAUUACUUGAUAGUAUCCAUUCCUGAUGUUCUCGAUUUUAAUUCGACUCGACUUAGCCAACAACCUCUAGAGUUUCAUGUUGAUGAGGCAAAGGGAAAAUUCUUACCCAUGACUCCAAAGGUGAUUUCACGGUUCUAGUGAUUGUGAAUAUUCACGUUUGUUCUCUUUUUAUGUGGAUUGUCGGUCAGUUGGAUCAUUAUCCCUGUCUUCUUUGUCUGAUUCAUUCGACAUUAAUUCAUCACCCUCUGGGAUAUCAAUUGGCGCGUUGAUCCUCAAACCACAAGCAAUCGUUUUAGGAAACCUUUGCUCGCUUCGAUACCAAGUCCCUCACAGAAACCAAGUUCUCUGCUUCUUUGCCCAACUCUUCAUAGCUUCUUGCUUAGUCUUGUGCUCUCGUCGUUUCAACAACGUAUUCCAAUAACCCCUUCGCCUGAAAAGCCUACACUUGUGAUUGCCUUUGCUUUCUUGCUUGGUUGUACAGACGAUGAAUUUGAGAACCAUCGUACGGUUACAAGCAAUGUUCAUCAUCUGCCAUCGAAGGCUCACCUCCAACGAUUAUUAACGCGAAAAAGUGUAGAGGGAAAAUAGGAGAGACUAGAAAACUCUCUCUUUGUUUCUCGACCUUUCCCAUAGCAAUCUUGAGAUCACCCUGAUGAAUGACAUGAAUUGAAUAAUUUUCUCAUUGAUGGGACACAGUAAAUCAUAGAAUUUCUUCGAAUUUACAAAUGCUGCAAAUCUAUCCCAAGAUUUUUCAAAACUCAGAUUGUGACCUAAACUAUUUUUGAAUUACAAUAAGGAAACCACUUCAAAGAAUAGGAUCGGAUUCCAGGCAGAUGAAAACGAUCUUGGGUUUCUAAAUUCUCGCAACGAAUAGUUGGCUCGGAUUGAGCAUAUUUCAGAUUGACAUGACUAUAAUACCCCUGAUAAACAAAUCGCCUAAUUUUCCCGCAACAGUUAUAAAAAAUAUCCAGUCGGGAACACAAAAGCGCCGGCAGAGAGAUCAGAGCGAGAAGAGAGAAGAUGGCAUCUACGGAGACGACGGCGGCGGCGAAACCAGAGACGCCGGCGAUAGUGCACAACGAGAAGGAAGGGAAGUUCGAGACGGAGGACAAGGAGGCCUACCUCCAGUACGUGAUGCGGAAAGAGAAAGUAAUGGACAUCAUCCACACCUUCGUCCCUCCAUCGAAGCGAGGCCUCGGUAUGGCUUCUCACCUCUGCGCCGCCGCCUUCCGCCACGCCGGCACCAAUUCCAUCUCCGUCAUCCCCUCUUGCUCCUACGUCUCCGACACAUUUCUUCCUCGGAACCCAUCGUGGGGAUCGAUUGUACACUCCGGAGAUCCCAAAUCCAGCAUAUAGCGAAGACGCUGUAACCACCUGUAUCGAAUUUCGGAUUCAAGAAGACGACCAAUGAACUGUAAUAAGUUCACACUCGCCCACUACGAUCGAGGAAGUUCCAACUCUGUUGGAGAUCUUGGAGCAUCUUCACCUGUGUAGAUGGACAGCUAUGUAAUGUCAUGCUGAAUUUCACAUUUCAUACAUUGAAAUGAUUAUGAAUAUGAUGCGAUGAUUCAGUUCCAAGCAAUAGCAUCGUCUUUUCGACUUUACAGACAAGAUCCGAACUCAAAACCAGCUCCGACUAGUUAUUGUACAAUUCAAAAGCUCAAACUGUUCUACAAUACCUACAACCAGAGCGCGACAACGGCCAGAUCAAAACUUGUUUCAAAGGAUGGCUGAGAUUACAAGUUUUUUUCACAACAACAAACACACUUUGCUGUUUUGGAGACCGAUAGCCCUAUUAUUACCGUCACUUUGAAAAGGAUUUUAUGCUGCUAACAUACAGAGAAUACAUAUUUACCGAAGGG